AUGUCUUCAAAAGGUGCACAUAUUAAAGGAACAGAUGGAAGUGACUAUAAUUAUCGUCAAAAAGUUGCUUCACACUAUCAAAUCAGUGCCAAUUACAAAUUUUAUUUAAAAUUUGGUAGUGAAGUUCUUAAAAAACAAUUUGAUAUUACGUAUCCAUUUUUUGAAAAAUUAGAUUUACCUGCAGCCUACCAUUGGGAAUAUGUAUGGUGUUUUUCAUUUAUUCCACCAUUAUUUGGUAUAUUAUCUUUUAAAAAAAAUAAUCUUCAAUUGAUGAGAUAUCAUUAUUAUGGUCAAUUUGUUCUUGGAGUUUUACCAUGUGCCGUAGGAUUAGGAGAACAAUUACCAGAAUUAAUUGGUUUUUUAAGAGAUAUGGAAAACUUUGAAACACCAACUUUUAAAGGAACUUUUCCAAUGGUCAUUCUUUGGUUUAUAUUUUUUAUACUUGCUUUCCAAUUAAAUCUUUUUUCCAUGUAUUGUGGUAGUAUUCUUAUUAACUGUUGGAGUGGAAGAUACAAUAAAAAGGCUAAAAAGGAUGAAUGA